CCCACAAGACAAGUAACAGUUAUUUAGCUGAAACUACGUAACCAGGUGCUUGAACGUUGUUCUCUGUGAAUAUGUUAAUUCAUAUGUAACUCUGAUAUCUCAACAGAUGACAGAAAACUUGGCGUGCUGAUUUAAAAAAACAUGAUGUUAGUCAUAAAUAAUAGCAGUGUUACAAUUUAGUGGUAUCUUUCAAAUAAACAAAAAUAAAUACUAGAGAUUCCGGUGACAAGCUUGAUCGAGACCUUCGUCCAAUAAAGCACCAGAAAAAUCCGGUAUCACGCUUGAUCGAUUCAUUCAUUCUGAGUCGAGUUUAAUAAAUCCAUCUUGAAGAACUAACUAAAUGACUCUUUAAAAACCGUAAAGGAUUUGUUUGUAAAACAGCAUGUCUUGAAAUGGUAUAGCAACGACAAAAUGUUGUUAUUGAGCCACUGACUGUUUCGUCAUCCGCACCUAUAAGCGCAGUGGGGGUUCCUCUUAGCAACCUGUAAACGACACCCGAAGACACUAGUGUGAUUGGUUCCGGCCAGACAAAUAACCAAUCAUCACGGCACAACCAACACUGUACCGUACGAGUGUUGGACUACACAGCAAAGCUGCUCGCAUUUCACACUGUUUUUAGACGAUUCCCUCAGUCUGAGUCGCCCCGGUUUAUUCGCUAUUGUGUGCAAUAUCUCGCCAAGGGUGUCCGUGUUGUCAGCGAGGUUCAGGGCUGCAUGCGUGUUCGUCUCUUGCUACCCCGACGCCUCACUCCUGGCCCACGCUGAGCACAUCGUACUCCAUGAGAUUCGAACCCUCGAACCUGGGACCUGGACAAGGAAUGGCUUACCAUCCGUUCCUUCUGCCCCCUACCCGUCAACCUGACUUCAGCGUGAACUCUCUGUUAACUCAACCCCACUAUUUCCCGCUACCCUUUCCUCAGGCUUAUCCGCCGUCGCCUUUUCCCAAACUCCCCACACCACUGUCGGGUCCGCCGCAUCUUACCGCCGAAGACGUCUUAACACACGGUGGACAACUACGGGCCAUGCGAACUUUAGAAACUGACGAUGAUGGUGUACAAGACGAUCCUAAAGUGACGUUAGAAUUCAAAGACCUGUGGCAACAAUUCCAUUCACUGGGCACAGAGAUGGUGAUAACAAAGUCCGGCAGGAGGAUGUUCCCUGCCUUCAAAGUCCGAGUGUCCGGUCUGGACAAGAAGGCAAAGUACAUCAUGCUGAUGGACAUUGUAGUGGAUGACGACUGCAGGUACAAGUUCCACAACAGCCGUUGGAUGGUGGCCGGUAAAGCUGACCCGGAAAUGCCCAAGCGGAUGUACAUCCACCCAGACUCGCCCAGCACUGGGGAACAGUGGAUGCAGAAGGUGGUGUCCUUCCAUAAGCUGAAACUCACCAACAACAUCUCGGACAAACACGGCUUUACCAUUCUUAACUCCAUGCACAAGUACCAACCCAGAUUUCAUCUCGUACGAGCCAACGACAUUCUCAAGCUUCCGUACAGUACGUUUCGUACUUACGUAUUUAAAGAGACUGAGUUCAUUGCUGUUACUGCUUAUCAGAAUGAAAAGAUAACUCAACUGAAGAUUGACAACAAUCCUUUUGCUAAGGGAUUUCGGGAUACUGGAGCGGGAAAACGAGAAAAAAAUCCCAACUCCUCUCCCCUCUACAGACGUCAAGUGAUGAUGUUGAACCAACAACAACCUCAGCUUUCUACAGUUGAAAAUAAUGCCCAGAACAAGGAGAGUCCUGAACCCAUUGAUGACUCAAGUGAUGAUGAAGAACGUCUGGACGUAGGGGGCGCUGCAGAUUUGAAACCACAGUUGCCGAGUUUUUCUUCACCCGCCAUAAGCACUGAAGGCAACAAAGAGGAUUGCUGUCCAGAUAUUGAUGUUAACAAAGAAGACCAUGCCAGUUCAGCUGUUGAAACUAGGCGACCGUCAUCUACUCCUAAGCCCGAAGACCAUCAACAUAGCGACAGUAGAUACCCCCCGAGCAUAUCCUCAUCACCAGCCAAGUCCUUGGGCCUUGGACAUCAUUUACAGCCCAAGUCUAGCGAAGAAGCUAACCCCCUUCUUCAUAGCCCUCAAAUUGUCACUCAAACAGGACCAAACAUGACUAUGGGUCCGGGCUUGCCCCAUCCACACCUUUUGCCCUACCUGUACUCACCUACUCUCCAUCCCCAGCUAUUCUUUCCGCCCAACUCUACUACAGCUGCGCAGCUCUAUCCACUGCUAGUCAAUAGUUAUCAAGGACUAGCGGAACUCAACUCCCGCCUCCGACAGCAGCAUCGAUUCUCCCCUUAUCCGAUUCCUUUUUCCACCCACACCAGCACAUCACCUCUCGGUGUCCCUUCUUUGACAGAAACCAGUCCUCCCCAUCACAGGUCACUCCUGCAUCUAAAAUCGAAAACCACCACGACCACAACCUCUUCGCCACCUACAUCACAAAGUUCGCCAACCUUGCUACAGGAUACGUCUACUCAUUCCAACUCUGAUGGAAGCGGCACUGCUGCUGUCUCGUGCGAACUGAAAAACAUUGAAAACAUGGUUAACGGCUUAGAGCGUCGACAAGAUCAGUUGGCAGUGGAAACUUUGACAAAACUGCCGGACAAACGGCACUAAUCGUAUAACAAAGGUUAAAGGUUAUUGCCCAACGGCCAGACCUGUUUAGUAUACCAUUCUCUAGUAUACGAUUCUAAUUCAGACCAACCCUGAUUUGGAUUUUGUAUGAUCGUUUUCCUUAAAAAUUGUCCAGCUCUUCACAGAUUAGGCUAGCUGUCAAAAGGUUUAAAUGUUUGUUGUGCUCGUCUACAUGUAAUUCAAACAAUGGAUCUGCGAAGAAAUGCUCGCUUGGAAUCUAAAUUUCAAGUGUGGUGCAGCGAAGACAUUGCAGUUCCAUAAGUAGCUCAAACCAAAGAGUACAUCAAAAGGUUUAAAUGUUUGUUGUGCUCGUCUACAUGUAAUUCAAACAAUGGAUCUGCGAAGAAAUGCUCGCUUGGAAUCUAAAUUUCAAGUGUGAUGCAGCGAAGACAUUGCAGUUCCAUAAGUAGCUCAAACCAAAGAGUACAGACAAGAAAAAAACGAUCUUGAUGUAUAUCAGAAAAUGACAAUUAAUUAGCUGUCUAGUGUGGUGCUUAUGAGUGAGCAGGGCGUUUUCUUUAUGGGGAAAACCCCGCUAUUAUGUGGUAGUUAUUUAACCAGUUGCAACUCUUCCCAAGGCAGCUGAACACACUGGAAAGAACAGAAGUAGUCUGUUAACCGAAAUGGUCAUCCUGAUUUCCACACAACAUUUUCUCUCUCUCUCUGCUUUAUUUCUUUUUUGCAAUACCACUACUUAUUCACAUUCUAUAUUUUGUCCUUCUUUUGUUUUUCACUCGUUGUCUUCUUAACUUUGGCUCACCAAAUGAAGUCAUAGAGAUAUAUACCAAUGACGCGAUGUUCGUUGAUUGUAAAAAAAAAUAACAUUGUGGUAAUGUCAAGGUGUAAAGUGUGUAUCAGUCGCUAUGCCUUUUUUUUGUGUGUCUACUUUCGAAUUAUAAAGGCCUUACGUGAACUCUUCAUUUGCUUCGUAGUGAGGAUGUGGAUAUCGUUACAUGCUAACUAACUGUUCAGUUGUGUUGUACCUAGAAGGCUAACAAUUCCUUCCUCAGCAAAUGAUUUUAAAUAUUUACCAACGUGGGUGGGAGUGGGACCAGUCAUCUCAACGUGCACAUAACUUAUCAUAAACUUCAGAUGCCUUUUUAUUUAAAGUGAUAUCGUAAAAUUACAAUACGUUUUAUGUUUUGUUUUUCUGGAAAAAAAAAAUCGAAAGUGAAGCUAGAAAUUUAUAUAAAAUUGUCAAAAGCUCUUGCAUUUGUAAGACAGCGAGGUAAAAAUACAAAUUCCAUGGUCCUUUUGAUUUAUGACAAAGAGUGAGUGUCGUAAUAUAAUCGUACACAAUCCAGUGAAAAUUAUUAUAUCUAUAGAACUGUGACAGAUAAUAUAUAGUGUUCUCGUCACUGCUAUUAUGACCUAUUCUUAAAAGUAAAAACAUCGCGAAGUGUCGUUGUGAUCCUUUUGUUAUCUUGGUGCUCUAACGGAAAAAUUAAGAAAUAGUCAUACGGUAUGAUAAAUAUUGACUUUCCGUAAAGUGCGCGCGGACGUGAAAAUCAAGGACAAGAAAGACCUUCGCGUCCUUUGAACACCGCCAUCAAGUUGCUGUAACAGAGAAUGAAAGUGUCUGUAUUUGGAGUGGGACAUUACUUCUAGCAGAUAAGAACACAACUUCCAUCUACUGGUGAUGGAAAAAAAGAGCGGUUGGCACGCGCACGUGCUUAAUGGCCGCUUCCCUAGCAAAUCUGCUAUCUCUCCCCAGCUCACCUUUCCGAUGUAAGAAUUUAAUGCUGAAAGGUGAGGAACGUUUUAGUAGGAGGGUGGGUGAUACGAGGGGCAGAAUGUCAACACGAAUUUAGUUGUCUUAUCUCCUGCUCCGAGAAACACAUUAACGGUGUGAUGACAAGAGGACAAGGCAUGCAUGUCAAUAAGGAUCUCUGUCUUCUUUAGUCCAUUAGCUAACAACCUGUAGAAGGAAAAUCGUGGGCUUACCGACGUCUUGUCGUGGAUUUACACUAGAAGAAGAUCAAAAUUUGUGUAAUCUGAACACAACUUUCACUGAAGCUUGUCGAAUCGUCUAUACACUCACUUAGUGUUGACUGGUUUUCCACACUUAAAAUAAAAAUUAAUGUAAAAUGGUUGAACUGUCAGUUUGGGAAAACUUCUAAUGUUCAAAUUGAUUCACAAAGUACUUGUUCAAUAUAAAAUUCUUUUUACGAAGUGUUUAUGUGUGCGUGUUUCUGUUGUUUUUUUCAAACAAACGUUGUUAUAUUUCUAAGGCUUCUGUGACUUGUUCUAAAAAAGAGAAACGAUAGAGCAGCAGGUUACGAAUGCGUUGCGGUUGAAGGCAGUUCUUUUAGUGUCGCCCUCUGUAACUGAUAGACAGCACUGUGUCAUUGCUAUUAACGAUAACUACUAUAUAACCCCGUAAGCCUUUGUUUCAAGUAACACGUGUCACUGUCGAAACUGAAUUGAAGUGAAGAAAAUAUUAUUAAUGUGUUAUAAUUAGUGUGGUAUUUGUUAUGACAACUAAUGCAAAAAUAUUCGAAAUGCUAUUCACGCUCCAAAACACUACCUUAGCGGAAUAUUCAAACAAAAGCAAAAAUCGUGUUUUGACAAUGAAUUCUAAGUGACUGGAAAUAGAUCAUAGUGAUGCCGCAGUCCAUUAAAGUACAAAAAUAUCAGCAUUUUGUUUCAAAAAUUACAAGGGGUGUAUCUAAAUGAGGGGGAUUUUCUAAAUGUAAGAGUGCAUGCACCGACUGGAAAACAUGAAGCCAGCACCCAUUCUCUAUUUUACAUCCCCAUUUAGGUCAACCAUAAAACGUGGCGUCUUGGGCGUUAACAUUAAACUAUACUAUAAAGGAGUCUGAUAAGUAGAAUUCCAUUUCCAACUGUAUAUCUUGUUUUAACUAUCCCACCCUCACAAAUUAUGUGACCCUAAAAAUGCUGUUUAUCCGUUAGCAGAAUUGGGUGGAAAGAAAAGGUGGUAAAAACUGCAAAACUCUUUACUAGACCGGUCCCAGAAACCAACGAAAUGACGUGAACUUUGAAGGUUUACAACACCAUUGUAGAAAGACAUUCACGUUCAGACAGUGUAGACUUUAUUCUGUCUUUUUGUUCUAGGAAUAAAUGUGUUGUACAGAUAAAUCCCAUCAGCUAUUUAUUGAGAACAUGUAAGUUGUCUAAUGUAUAAUAGUUGUUUGUGUCAUGUGUGUUUUUUUUUUUUUGUGC